AUGGGCUUGUUAACCAUCAUCAAGAAGCUCAAGAUGAAGGAGAAGACCGUCCGCAUCCUCAUGCUGGGCCUUGACAACGCUGGCAAGACCACCAUCCUGCGCAAGUUCAACGGCGACGACAUCAACACCAUCAUGCCCACCCUCGGCUUCAACAUCAAAUCCCUCGAACACAACGGAUACACGCUGGACUUUUGGGAUGUGGGCGGCCAGAAAUCGCUGCGAUCCUACUGGCGCAACUACUUUGAGAAGACAGACGGCCUAAUCUGGGUGGUGGAUUCGUGUGAUAAGCGACGAUUGGAGGACUGCAAGGCCGAGCUGCAACUGCUGCUGCAAGAAGAGCGGCUGGCUGGCGCGUCGUUGUUGGUGUUUGCCAACAAGCAGGAUCUGCCUGGUGCGCUCUCCUCGGACGCCAUCCGCGAGGCCCUCGAGCUCGACAGCCUCAAGGGCCACCACUGGAGAAUACAGAGCUGCAGCGGGGUGACUGGGGAUGGGCUUGCGGAGGGCAUUGACUGGAUGGUGCAUGACAUCUCCUGCCGCAUCCUUCAAGUCGACUGA